AUGUACGGCAACGUAGGACUUUCUACUCCUCGCGGGUCUGGGACAAAUGGUUACGUAGUUCGUAAUCAAGCUAAUAUCAAACCUCGCAGAGAUAUUCAAAUCGAAUCUUUAGAUGAAGCCAAAGCGAAUUCUUUUGCUUUCGCUAAUCGUAAACCUAAUCAAGAAAUAUUAGAUCACGAAAGAAAGCGACAAGUGGAAUUAAAGUGUUUAACUUUUCAACAGGAACUUGAAGAGGCCGGGAAAACUGAGGAAGAAAUUGAAAAAGAAGUCAAUUCGUUUCGUCAAUCGAUGCUUAGAUCUAUUGAUAUUGUGAAGGAUAACAAAAAGUUUACUCAUCAUCUUUCUCAGGCUAAAAUCACGGAGAAUGAAAAAAUGAUGAGAGCUUUAGGUAUUAAUUCGCAAUAUUAUGUUGAGGGUGCAGCAUUUGAUCGUGAAUUACAGGAAUCGAAAAAACGUGAAAGAGUUGCUCAACGAGACAAAGAACUUGAAGAUCGUCAAAAAAGAUUAGAAGAGAAAGAGCGUGAAUUAAUAGAACGAGACAAGAAAUGGGAGGAAAAAUGGGAGGAAGACAAAAAGAAGAAAGAAAAGUUACGCAAUCUUCAACGUGAGAAAGAGAGCCAUCUAGUAGAAAAAGAUGAUGAUAGAAAAUAUUAUCAUCGACGUGAAGAAAUUAAACAAGUAGAUGGCGAUACAAAUGAAAAAUUUUCAAGAAGAAAUAAUGAUGAUCAUUCUGAUAGAGAUGCUGAAAGACAUAAUAAUUUUAGAGAUCACAGAAUGCCUAGAUCCCCAAGACGGCGUCAAGGAUCUCCUACACGAAGGAGAAACCGAGAGGGUAGUAUUCCUUCUUCUAGAAGAAAUCGUGAUGGAAGUUUAUCACCGCAUUCAAGAAGAAAUCGGGACAGUGUAUCUCCUUUUCGAAGAUAUCGAGAUGAUAGUUUUUCCCCUCCACGUCGAUCGCAAAGAAAUCAUAGUUCAAAAGAAUUUUCUACACAUUCGGAAAGGAAAUCUUUUCGUAGCGUUUCACCACCUUCAUCAAGACACUAUCAGGAAGAUAAUGCUCGUUCUCGUUAUCGUAAUGAAUUUAAAUCAAGACGUGAUAUUUCUAGUUCAGAAAAGCGCAAUGAUUAUUCGCCUCGAAGUAAUCAUGGAAAAGCAUAA